AUUCAUCAUUUAUACUUAUCACUAGUUUUUUGCGGUUCUCUGCAAAUCAACCCUCAUGGAGAGAAAUAGUUGUAAUCUCAUUGUCAUAGGUUUCUUAGUCUAUUGUUUCAUGUUCUCUUUUAUUAUGGCUGCAAUUACCAAAAAUAUUACCACUGAUCAACUUGCUCUUCUUUCUCUAAAAGCUCAUUUAAAUCCAAAUGAUCCGUACAAAUUAUUGUCACAAAAUUGGUCUUCAACUGCCUCUAUCUGUAACUGGAUUGGUGUUUCUUGCGGUGUCCGUCACCAUAGAGUCACAGCCUUGAAUAUUUCUUAUUUAGGUCUUACAGGCACCAUUCCUCCUCAACUGGGAAAUCUUUCUUUCCUCACGACGCUAGCCAUUCAAAAUAACAGUUUCUAUGGCUCUCUGCCUGAUGAAUUGGCUCAAUUGCGUCGAUUGAAGUCAAUCAGUUUCAACUUCAAUAACUUCAACACUGAGAUCCCGUCAUGGUUUGGGUCUUUCCAUAAACUUCAGCACUUGCUUCUGAAAGGAAACAACUUCAUUGGGUCCAUCCCACCCUCUCUUGGCAACAUAUCUUCACUGGAAAAGCUUGAUCUUAGUUACAAUAAGCUUUCAGGAGCCAUACCAAAAGAAUUUGAGAACUUAACAGAACUUACAGAAUUGAUGCUUCGCUAUAACAGCCUCCAAGGAGAAAUUCCACAGGAGCUUGGUAAUCUCCCGAACCUGGAGAUAUUGCUACUAUCACUUAAUCGUCUAAUAGGACCCAUUCCAUCACCUAUUUUCAACCUUUCCUCCCUAACCAUAAUGGAUUUUACAUAUAAUAACCUGACGGGUAACCUCCCUGAGAAUAUGUGCGAAACUCUCCCUGCUCUCCAAGGUAUUUUCUUGUCUGGUAACCUGCUUAAUGGUUCAAUACCCCACAAUCUGUGGAAAUGCAGAGAGCUGCAGCGAAUUUCUUUGUCACUUAAUCAAUUUGAAGGAAGAAUUCCAAGAGAUAUUGGGAACUUGACGUCUGCCACUCUUCUAUCUUUUGGCCGAAACAACUUGACUGGCGGAAUACCAUACGAGAUCGGAAAUCUUCCUAAUCUACAAAUUCUGGGAGUUCAGUUUAAUAACUUAGGAGGCCUUGUCCCUGCUACUAUCUUUAACAUCUCAACAUUGAUAGAACUUGCACUUACGGACAGUAACCUUUCUGGGAAUCUUCCAUCAGGCACAGGCCUAGGACUUCCAAAUCUUGAGAGACUUUACUUGGGUAUAAAUGAUUUUAGUGGGAGAAUAACUUCCAUCACCAACGCUUCCAAGCUCACUUUUCUCGACAUGGGGACCAAUUCAUUCUCAGGCUUUAUUCCGGACACAAUAGGUGAUUCGUUAAGAAGCCUGGAGGUGUUGAGUCUAUCGGAAAAUCACUUGAGAUCUUCUACUCCAGAUUUGAACUUUCUUUCCUCGUUGACAAAUUGCAAACAGUUGAGGAUCUUACAAUUGACGGGAAAUCCCCUUGAUGGAAUCCUUCCAAAUUCCAUUGGUAAUCUUUCCCUCAAUUUGGAAUCAUUUUCAGUCGAUAAUUGCAAUAUCAGGGGCAGCAUUGCUGAAGAUAUCGGUAACUUGAACAAUUUGACAGUCCUACGUCUAGGAAUGAAUGAAUUGACUGGAUCGAUUCCCAUUACACUUGGCCGAUUGCAAAAACUCCAAGGUUUGUAUCUCGAAAGAAAUAAUCUAGAAGGCUUCAUCCCGGAUGAUCUUUGUCGUUUGAAUAAUCUAGUUGAUUUGUACUUGGGCGGUAAUAAGCUUUCUGGAUCCAUUCCUCCAUGCUUGGGUACUCUUACUACUCUAAGAGAUCUCUCAUUAGGCUCUAAUGGAUUAACCUCCAUUAUUCCCUCAAAAUUGUGCAACCUGAAAGACAUCCUGCACUUAAACUUGUCAUCAAACUCUCUAAACGGAUCGCUUCCAUUAGAAUUUGGUAAUCUGAAAGUGUUGAAUGAUGUAGAUUUGUCAUGGAAUCAUUUGUCAGGUGAUAUCUCAAUUGUAAAUAUUGGAGGGCUAGAAGAGCUACAAGUUCUAAACUUUAGCCAUAAUAGAUUCCAAGGUCCAAUUCCUAUAUCAUUUGGUGAGUUGACAAGCUUGGAGUUCUUCGAUUUGUCUAAUAAUGAUAUUUCCGGAGAAAUUCCCAAGUCUUUGGAGACACUGUUGUUUCUCAAAUAUCUAAACUUAUCUUUCAAUCGGCUACAAGGAGAAGUUCCUAGAGGAGGACCUUUCGUGAAUUUUUCAACUGAAUCAUUUAUGGGGAAUUAUGCUUUGUGUGGUUCAACCUUAUUGCAUCUCCCACCAUGUAAAAGAAUCACUCAAAGAAAAUCAAGGAAAAUUCUUAUCAUUGUUUUGCCAGUCUGUGUUUCAUCAAUGGUACUUGCACUUGCCUUGGUAUUAAUACUGAGACGACGUGGAAAAAGAAGCACAGAGCUACCUGAUGACGAUCAUAUCUCAUUACAACCAACAUGGAGAAGAAUUUCUUACCAAGAACUUGUGCGAGCAACUGAAGGGUUUAGUGAAACAAACCUGCUUGGCAAAGGGAGUUUUGGUUCGGUUUACAAAGGAAGACUUCAAGACGGGAUAGAAGUAGCAAUAAAGGUGUUCCAUCUGGAGCAUGAAGGAGCACUCAAGAGCUUUGAUUCUGAAUGUGAAGUAAUAAGUAGUAUACGUCACCGAAACCUCAUCAAAAUCAUCAGUUGUUGUUCGAACAAAGAUUUUAAAGCCAUAGUGUUAGAGUAUAUGCGCAACGGGAGCCUAGAGAAGUGUUUAUACUCUAGCAACUGCAUUUUGGAUAUUUUGCAGAGGUUGAACAUAAUGAUAGAUGUCGCAUCGGCUUUGGAAUAUCUUCACUUUGGUUAUUCGACCCCUAUAGUUCAUUGCGAUUUGAAGCCCAACAAUGUAUUAAUAGAUGAAAAUAUGGUUGGACAUUUGAGUGAUUUCGGAAUUGCAAAACUCUUAGGCGAGCAAGACUCUUUGACCCAAACACAAACCCUUGCCACAAUUGGCUACAUGGCACCAGAGUACGGAAGAGAAGGAAAAGUAUCUAGAAAAGGUGAUGUUUACAGCUAUGGUAUUAUGCUAAUGGAAACAUUUACAAGGAAGAAGCCAACAGAUGAAAUAUUUAUCGAAGAAAUGAGCUUAAGGAGUUGGGUUAGUGAAUCACUAUGUAUAACUGUGAUGGAAGUUGUCGACACGAAUUUGCUAAGAAGGGAGGAUGAACAUUUUUCUGAGAAAGAGCAAUGCGUCUCAUCUAUUUUGAGUUUGGCCAUGGAGUGUACAGAAGAAUCACCGGAGACGAGAAUCAACAUAAAAGAAGUCGUAACUCGACUCUUGAAAAUUAGAGUCAUACAUUUGGCUAAUAUCCAAAGGGGUGGACAUAGAAGGAUUUUAAAUUAAAAGAGUUAUUAUUAUAGUUUUUGUUUAGUAAUCAUAUUUAUACCAAGAGUGUAAAGAUUAUAUGUACAAAGGGCAUUCUUUCUUCCUCUGUUUUGGCCUUACCAUAAUUUAUCUGUACUUUUGGGAAUAGAAACUCAACCAAAUUGUUGAGAUUGC